CAGCGCAGGCGGAUCUCCGUGUGUGUGUGUUUCUCAGCAGCAGUUCGGAGUUCUGGGCGGAGAACUGAAGAACAAACCUUUUUCACAUCCUCACGUUAACUUGCUGUGGCUCAGUUUAUCUGGGAUCGAUUAGACCUGAUCAGAUGUGAUCACAUCGAUGGAUUAGAGGAUCAGGAGGUGAGUACAUGGAGUGUGUGUGGCUGCUGUGUGUCUGCGUGCUGAGCAUAUGUGUCGGGGAUCACGCUUCACUGGACAGAAGUGACCACGCCCACCUGGACGACCAUCACCAUCAUCUGGUCUCCAACGACGACGCAGCCUCAGGUCUGUGUGCGGUUGACCUGCAGCUCUGUCAGGAUGAAAACUCUCUGCUGAGUUUCGAGGCGAUCUGCAGCAUCCACAAACAGAUGGACGACGACGCCGACGGGACGGUGGACAUGACCGAGACGGACGAGUUUCUCAGGGAGGACCUGAAGGAUCACGACCCCAAAGCCAAACACAGCAGCUUCCAUCGAGCAGACCUGCACAUCAGCGUGGAGGACCUGUGGAGCGCCUGGAAGAGCUCAGAGGUGUUUAACUGGACGGUGCAGCAGGUGGAGGACUGGCUGAUCAACAGCGUGGAGCUCCCUCAGUACGCCGACAGCUUCAGGAGAGAACAGCUGGAUGGGAGAGCGUUACCCAGGCUGGCAGUGAAGAACACCACUCUGACUGUGUCCGUGCUGAAGAUUUUAGACAGAAGUCACGCUCAGAAACUUCAGCUCAAAGCUCUCUACAUCGUGCUGUUUGGACCUCCGCCAGGCCGACAUAACCGGUGGAAGGAUCUGGUUCUGGGCGUGUCCGUUCUGAUGGCGCUGGGCGGCUGCUGGUUCGCCUACGCUCAGACCAGGAAGUCCAGAGACGACCUGGGGAAACUGAUGAAGGACCUGGAGGGUCUGCAGAGGGCCGAGGAGAGCCUGAUGGACCUGCAGGAGAAGCUGCAGAAGGCUCAGGAGGAGCAGCUCUGCGUUCAGGUGGAGAAGGUGAAGGUGGAGGAGGAGCUGAGGGGCGAGAUCAACUCGGCCAAACAGGAAGCUCAGCGUCUCCGAGAGCUCCGAGAGGGAACGGAGAAUGAGAGGAGCCGACAGAAGUACGCCGAGGAGGAGCUGGAUCAGGUCCGUAUGGCUCUGAAGAAGGCGGAGCGGGAGCUGGAGUCGCGGGCUCACUGGUCUCCCCCCGAUGCUCUGCAGAAGUGGCUGCAGCUGACGCACGAGGUCGAGGUUCAAUACUACAACAUCAAGAAACAGAGCGCAGAGAGGCAGCUGCUGCAGGCCCGCGAGGGGGCGGAGAAGAUCAAGAAGAAGCGGAGCUCUCUGUUCGGAACAUUUCACGUGGCUCACAGCUCCUCGCUGGACGACGUGGACCACAAGAUUCUCUCCGCCAAACAGGCCCUGGCAGAGGUGACGGCGGCCCUGCGGGAGAAGCUGCACCGCUGGCAUCAGAUUGAGUCUCUGACAGGUUUCUGCGUGGUCAGCAACCCGGGUCUGGGAGCGCUGGCUGCUGCACUGAACCUGGACCCGUCCUUCCUCGGUCUGCGACCUCCGACCCCUCAGCACCUCCUCCUCUCAGACGACCUUGACGACAUGGACGAGGACAUCCUGUCUCCUGGGACGCUGCAGUACGCUGCGUGGCAGAUGGACCGGCGAGUGAGCGACCUCUGGCCCCUGAGUGGCAUCGCAGACACCCAGUCGUCAUGGAAACACUCCGCUCAGAGUCUGAUGCCCCUGCGACAGAGGAUAGGAGACCCCGCUGGGAUGUUCGGCUCUCAGAGGGACAUCCUGAACCGCUCGGACUCUGACUCCGCCCUCCCUCUUUCUCACGAGGAAUCAAGAUGUCUCUACAGCUCCAAACCCUUCCUCCUUUCCUCCAGGCUGCACCCCCUGCAGGGUCAGGGCUCCGGGGGAGGAGGCCUGGAGAAGAGCUCCAGUCUGGGGGAGCUAAGGGGCGGCUCUGCGGCCGCGCUCGCCUCGUCCUGCUCCACCCGCUCCCUCUGUGUCACGUCCAACACCACCAACAGCCCGGCCAUCUUCCCGUCAUCCGCCUCAUCCAGCUCGUCAGGCAGCGGGAGGGGGACGGGCCUCCCGCUCCCGACCAGGAGGAGUCCUGUGGAGGAGGACAUGGGCGAGGAGAGCGAGUCGUCCAGCAGCCGAAGGAGGAACGCUUUUAAUAAGAUCUUUAAGAAGAAGCAGGGACGCCACUGAAAUACAAACGGACCUGCUUUUAUCUGCUACAGACUCACGUUUCGAAUCACAAAUCUUUAUCAUGGUGAACGAACCGUCACACACAGGGAACAACCGUUUUUUCCGCUCUUAAUCCUUUUCUGUAAACUUUUCAAAGUCUGACUCAACUGGACAAAAAAAAAAAGACAAAGGACGCCUCUCAAAGAUGGAAGGACAUUUCUUCAGCGACAAAAAGCGAAGAAAAAAGAACGAAGGGAAGACCUCGGACCGUAAAACAGAAAAUUCGAUUUUUUUCUUCUGAAAAGAAAAUAUGUCAGCGUCAAGAUUAUCUUGUGUCUUGAUGUAGAUUAAGUAAGGAGCCCUCGAAGGCUCAGGUACGAAAACAUCUGUACCCACAGUAUACAAAUCUGUGCACGGUUUCCUAACAUUUGUAAACCGUGCCCACAGCUCUAUAGAUUAUUCUGUGUGCAUGAAUUUGCAUUGCACGUCCAUAUGUACUGAUUGAGGAUGGUAAACUGUGUGCACAACAUUGGAAACAUUGCGCACAUAUUGCAAACUGUGGGUACGGAUUUGUAACCAGGUUUUUAUUUUUCCUCACCUCAGCACGUGGGGCUCCGUAGAGAAGGGAUGAGGAUGUUUCUUGUCCAGUCUUCUUUCUGUCAGGGUGAAUAAUUCUCCAAUAAGCAGAUGUAGAGCAUUAUUGGUGGAUAAAAAAGAGCACUUAUGUUUAUUCGAUAUAUAUAUAAAAGUGGUGGAUACAAACUUCA